AUGUUCGACUCGAUCAACGUCAUCUACAGCGAUGCCGACAAGGACCCCGAGCUUAAGGGCUGGUUCUCCCACAUGAACAGAUAUAUCCGCAAGUGCCUCAAGGAGCAGGGCUACGUCCUCCAGGACGAGUCCACCGAGGAGUGGAACAAGCUUUACGACCAGGGCGAGUUCCUUCUCCGUAACCGCUACCGCAACCACACCGACAGAAUCUCCGACGAGUUCAAGUUCUACAUUGACCAGUUCAACCAGGACAGACAGAACGUCGCCUUCGGUGACGCCGUUCAGAAGCUCUUCCUCGACCUUGGUCAGGAUGAGAACGGUCAGGCUCAAUUCAAGCCUCAUCUCGUCAAGGACUUGACCGAGGUUAUCCUUCCUGGUCUCUUCGAGUCCAUCCGUUACGUCCCCAUCCCUCGUAUCGAGUACUCUGACCACAUGAUGGAUGCCAUUGUCGAGAACCUCGUCCUCGAGGGUGACAACCUUGCUCCUAACGUCAUGGAGUUCGGUAGCGACAACUACUGGCGCUGGGGCCGCAAGUCCAUCACCAGCAAGAACAAGAACAAGGUCAUGCUCUCCGUCUCCGGUGUCCAGUGCGACCUCCGCGAUGUCAGCUACUACAUCAAGAAGAAGGAAGGAUUCCCCAGUAUUACUGACAAGGGUGUCAUGGAUAUCUUCCUCGGCGGUACCGGCCUGAGCUUCAAGGUCGCCAUGGAGACUGCAGACAAGACCGACGGCAAGCACUUCUUCAAGGUCAACUCUGUUCACGUUGACAUCAAGAACAUCAACAUCAAGCUGAAGCAGUCCAACCACAAGCUUCUCUUCAACAUGUUCAAGCCUCUUCUUCUCAAGGUCAUGCGUCCUGCCAUCCAGAAGGUUGCCGAGACCCAAAUCCGCAACAACAUUCACCAGCUUGACGAAAUGCUCUAUGGUAUCCACCAGGAGGCCAAGAGAGCCGAGGCCCAGGCUAAGAACAACCCUGACCCUGAGAACAUCCAGAACAUCUACCAGCGCUACGCCACUGCCGCCCAGCAGAAGUUCACCAAGGGCAAGCANAAGAAGGACGAGGUUGCUGCCGACAAGAAGGUCAACAUGGCUGUCACCCAGCACGACAGCAUCUUCAAGAACAUCUCUCUUCCCGGCGGUAUCAGCACCAAGGCUACCGAGUACAAGGAGCUUGCCGCCAAGGGCGACAAGUGGGAGUCCCCCAUCUUCAGCAUUGGAUCUUCUAGNGAGACUUCCAACCUGCCCAAGAUGGCUUCCAUUACUCGCAAGCCUCACCGUGUCAACCAGGAGGGUGUCCGUGGUCCCAACAACCUUGGCACCAACCAGUACGGUGCAGCAUUUGACGGAUCCUCUGACACUGGCCCCAGCGGUGGUCUCAACAGCUCGAGCAACACUGGCUAUGGAAGCACUGGCUACGGAAGCACCGGCUACGACUCUCAGAACACUGGCUACGACUCUCAGAACACUGGUUACCACGGUGGCUCCAACACUGCUGGUCUUACUAGCCAGGUGCCCGUUCGUGGUGGCAACACUCUUGGCUCUGGCCUUGACCAGAACACUACCAACACCACUGGAUACCACCAAGGCUCGUCUCACUUCGGUGCCGGCGAGGGCCCCAUGGGUACUGGCCGUCAGUCUACUGGUGCUGGUAACUUUGGAGGUGAGGUUGACCGUGCCUUCCACGAUGCUACCCACACCGGUGCUACUACCGGUACCACUGGCACCACCGGCACUUCCACUGCUGUCCAGGGUGAUGACGGUGAGCACACCUUCUUCGGCAAGAACAACCCCGUCUUCCAGGGUCGUGUUUAA